AUGGCGGCGCAACAUAGUGUUGUUAUUCUCAAGGCUGCGUUUGCAGCUUCUCUCCUUCGCCCGGAUCCCACUUCAGUACCCCACGAUGAGAUAAGCCAUUUCCAUGCCUGCCUCGAGCGCGCGCUGUCGCAUUGUUCCCCAGUUAACCUUCAGAUUUGCAAAGCCUGGUUGAUCCGCUUCGUUGCCUUUUCAUCUAGUAGGGUUAAGGGUCUUGUUAACUACCUGGAAGCUCUCGCUGCGUCCUUGCACCCACAGCCCACUGGAUCCAAAGUCUCACCCAAGCGGCAACGCCUCCACAUACUCUAUCUGCUCAGUGAUCUUUUACAUCAUUGCAAAUACCACCUAGACACCACUUUCACCUUCACCAUAGUGACUGGGUCCCUGCACUUGCAUAUCGUCAACUUGGUCAGCUACGCAGCGACUUGUGACCGCGCAAAGAACCCACGACACCAUCGACGGCUAGAUGAUCUACUAGAUAUCUGGUCUAAGCACGACUACUUCCAUCCUGACUUGAUCAACAAACUUCGGGAAGUUGUCAUCAUGGGGGGUCUCCCGCCUUCCAAUGACACGGCCAACGAGUCAAACCCAGCCAAGAAGCCCGGCAAAGAUGUGCCGUUUAUCCUACCAUCUACGCAUGGAGAUCCAUCGACGCCUUGGUACGACCUUCCUGCCGGCAACCUUUUGCCUCACAUUAUCCCGAACUCAACCCUUCCGAUCCAACCCGAGUCCGUGAAACCGAUACAACUACUAGCAGGUCCCGCCGACAAAGAGUUGGUAGAUGCCGUCAAAUCCUACUUGGGCGAUGUAGACAAGUUAUUCAACCCUGAGGCCAUCUUGUACGAUCCAGAUACCGACAUGGACGAGAUGGGCCAGACAGUCAUCCGGGGUGAGAACACAUCCGACAUCCUCGAUGGCCGGCACUACUAUGGAUGGUCCCUUGACUUCUGUCAGACCGCGGAUUCGGACACUGAGGGCUUGCGCAGCCCAAGUCCAAGUCGUAGUCGCAGUUUCAACAUGGUAUCCGUUAUCACCAUGACGCACAAGGAAGAAGCCGUUCUCCACGCCGCUCUCCACGUCGUUCGCGGAGUCGUGACUACAGACCUCGUGAAUCGUCUUCUUCACACUUCCCGCCUCCCCACCAAUAUCAACAUCAGUCCGCACACACCAGCUCUGUCCCCCCCGCCUAUCCCUCGGGACCUAACAAUCGUUAUCCCCAAGCACCAGCACCCAACUAUGGUUCUUGGCCACACCCGCAAAUGCCGACAAUGCCCUUCCCUCCACCCGGGCCCGUGUCCUCGUCUGCUUUCCCUCCCGCAUACCAUGCUCCUCAAAUGCAGCAGGAACAGAAUAACGCUCCUCAGAUGCAACAGGGACAGAACAAUGGACAGCACAAUGGACACCGAUACGGCGUGCCCGGGGGUCAGCACCACUUCCCUCGCCCUUAUUCUGCGGGCCGAGGUGGACAACGCGGACCUCAUCCUCCCCAGGGCGGGCGAGGAUGGCACUGAAAAUGUGCACAUGAAACGAUGUAUGAGUAAUGCUUGA